AUGCUGGAUUUUUCUUUAAGUUGCAAUCAAUGCAUAGAUGAAGUUUUUACAUUUACCAUAAUAAUGUCAAAUUACUUCUUACCCUUCAAUUUUAUAUUUUCGACACCAUUUAAAAUCGAUACUUUGCUAAAAAAUAUAAAAUCAAGCGAAACUCUUGCUAAUGUUUUAAGUCUUGCCGAAAAUUCAGUAUUGAAUGAAAGCACAUUAAGUAUAAUUUUAUCAGAGAUUGAUCUUUCUUUGUUUGAAGACACAACUAUAUUGGUAAACUUUUUUUGCGGAAGUAAAGAAAUUUUAGCCCAUUCUUUUAAUUAUUUUAAAAAUGAACUUAAAAAAUUUGGAGACAAUCGAAGUGAUGUUAUGGUUAGCAUCAUUCUAGAAGCUUUUACAUUUUAUACAUUGAAUGUUGAUAAAAAAUCAGCAUGGGAUAUAUGCAUUAAUACCUCAAUUGAUGAGUUUAUGCAAGAAUCUGAAUACUUUAAUGAUUUUAAAGAUGGCCUCAAAGAUCUUGCGGAUGCUCAAUUAGCAUGCGCUUGCUAUUCUCCUGAUUUUCUUGAUGCUUAUUUUAAUUGCCUUACAUCGGUCGAUUCAAAAUCGCUGAGUGAAACAAAAGAAUAUCUCCCAAUGUUUGUUUUAUAUUUGAAAAAAGGCUCAAAUAAGGAUAUAUCAAAAAAUAAAGUCAUAGCACAAUAUUUUUGUAGCUUGAUUGAUCAGAUAAAAUAUGAUAUUUAUUCAAACGAAAUGGAAUUUAUGUCUUUUUUUAAAUUACAUUUUCAUAUCUCCCAGAAAUCCAAAAAGAAAUUGCAGAGCAUCUAA